AUGUAUAACACUAUGCAAUGGACAGCUUUUGAAAAUGUCGAUAAGCUCAUUGGAUCCAUUCACUGUAAGACCGUCAGUUAUCAUAUAGAGUUGCCUACCCUGUUCACACCAGAAGAUGGGACAUCUUCUCCAUCCACAAUGAAGUCGUUGGUAGAGGCCGAUUGCGGUGGUCCAAAUGCUCUUGUAGGAUUAGCACAAAAUUAUGGAACAUCAAAUCAACGGAUCGUCCCUACAGUAAAUCGAGGCGUUUCUUCACUUUUACCAUCAACUUCACUUGGAGAGCAAUUCGCUAAUGAUUUUCUGCAACGAAAGGCCGCUGCGGCUCCUGCGCCGGCAUCAUUUAACAUGAGUGCUCUAGCUGCUCAGCUCCCAAAACAAUCAUCUUCUUCUAGCUUAGCUAAUAAAUGGACAAAUGAGUAUACCGCACAGCCAGGGCACCAGUUGUCAACACAGUGGUCACAGCAAUAUGUUGCAUCCAGACCAGCUUAUGAAAAUGCUUGGGCUGGAGCAACCGGAUUAACAGUGCCUUACCCAACUCUUGCUCAAAGUUCCACUUCUGUAGACAGUGCUAUGUGGUCAGCAGAAUUUCUAGAUAACGUUGAAUCGUCCAUGACAUCAUCAUCUAUAUCAAAUGAGUUGACGAGUGAAUUGGCUGAUAGUUGGGCUCAAGAAUACACAGCUGGUAUGCCAGAUGCUUUUGACAGUAUGGAAAAGGAAUGGGAAAAUAUUCGAAAAAAUAUUGCGCUGUCACAAAAAGGAGAGGCUAACUUGACAGAGAUUGAUAGCUAUGUACAUCAGGAACAAAAUCCAUUUCUAACAUCUGCGGAUCCGUUGACGGAAGGUGAUCAUCUUAUGCAAGCUGGUGAUCUUGGCAAUGCUAUGCUGGCCUAUGAAGCAGCAGUACAGAAGAAUCCACGCGAUGCUGAGGCUUGGUGUCGUCUUGGUCUAUCGCAUGCUGAAAAUGAGCAUGAUGGUAAAGCAAUUGCUGCAUUCAACAAUUGCUUAAAGAUUCAGCCCAAUAACGAAGAGGCAUUACUAGCUUUAUCUGUGUCGCUUGCGAAUGAGAAUUCUGAGAAUGAAGCUCUACAUCAGCUGGAAAAAUGGCUUGUCGCACACCAAGGAGGUGAUCCAGCCAAUGUGCAAAAAGCCCCCAGCAGCUUCAGUACAUUUUUGGACCACGAAACUUUCGCAAAUGUUGAGCAACUCUUUUUGAAUGCUGCUCGGCAACAAUCCGGGACUGCGGAUGCAGCCUUGCAGAACGCCUUAGGAGUUCUGUACAAUUUGAACCGAAACUAUGAACGAGCUGUUGAGUGCUUGAAGUUGGCCAUAGCUAGCAGACCUGAUGACCCUCGGUUAUGGAAUCGCCUCGGUGCUACCCUAGCCAAUGGCGAUCACACCCCUGAAGCAAUCGCAGCCUAUAGAGAAGCCCUGCAACGAUAUCCUACUUACGUUCGAGCACGAUAUAAUCUUGGGAUCAGCUGUAUGCAUUUGAAUAGUUAUCGAGAAGCAGUGGAGCACUUUGUCUCAGCUCUAGAACUGCAGAAAGGUGGCUCGGAUAGCUCAUCCAUCUGGCCAACGCUAAGGUCAGCCUCCAUCAGAAUGCUGGAUGCUCCUACGGAGAUCUUGCAGGCUCUAGAUCGACGAGAUCUGAAUGGGAUCAAAGCGAUAUUAUCGAAAAUGAAACCUGUAUAGAUUUUUCUUGGAAACUAUGUCAAUACGGGAUUUUUCUUGCCUUUUCAAAUCAGAAUUUCUACUGACCAUUGUAAAUGCAUAUAAGGAAUAAAGCUAUGAGAU